GUGUAGCAGCAGGACGUGGAAAAGAACGAAGAAGGAGAAACACGGGGGGACGAGAAAAAGAGGGAGCCGGGACGGAGAUAGAGAAAGAAGGAAAGAAUGACAGAGGGGGAGAUGGAGCGAGAGAGAAAAAGAGCGCGAAAGAGAGCGACGGCGGCCGAGGUAGGAUCGUAGAGGUAACAUCGUAGAGGCUGGGACCUGAUCCCAAAGGUAGGAGGACUUGGGUUGGCGAGGCCAGUCCAUCGCGGGCCCUCCUCUCGACCGAACGCGCUUUACUUUCUGCCCGCUCGUUCAAAUUCCCAUGUGCACGCGGUGUACCCGUCCAACUCCCCAUGCCGGCUAACCCCUCAGACCUGCCAUCGGUGCUCUCCUACCUUUCCUGACCACGGUGUACUCCUCGAUGACUCUGCUGCUGCUACUGCUGGCUGCUGUUGGUGCUGAUAGUGGUGGUAGUGGUGGUGGUGGUGGUGGUGGUGGUGGUGGUGGCGGCGGCGGUGGUGGUGGUGGCGGUGGUGGAGGUGCUGGUGGUGGUCGUGGUGGUGGUGUCGGCCGUCGCGGUGGUGGUGGUGCUUGUCACUCCGCGUGUCUGAUGGUGGUGGUCGCCUUAUGGUUACCUUGAACACCGGGUUGCACCGCGCACACCUUGCACAGUUACCCUCUGCUCCAGUUCCGCGCCGCAACUCGAGGCUAUCACGUCCUCGUCGAUCACGAUUUAAAUCGGAUGCACGUCGAACGUUACACAAGAUCUUUAAAUCCUUCUCGCGGUUCGAACGAACAGUGACCUCGACGACAAUUCGAGAAGACAAUCCGAUGAGAUCGGUAGGUACAAGUGAACGCGACGUUAUCUUUUGUAUUUGGAGAACGGGAAUUUCCGUACAUAGCAAUCGGACGAUUGCAUUCGACGAUCGAAAGAAUCGAAGUCAUCUGCUCGGAAGCGACAAGCUUCGCAAGAAUGUUUCUUGCGCUCGAGCGAUCUCGGAUGACUAACGAGCUGUAAGAUCAGUUGCAUCGUCGAAGAAGUAGAACUGGAUCUUCGAGAUAGGAGGCGACAACCCUUACACCUGUCCCGUUCAAGUGUCCGAUUGGUGGACAGAAUAAAUCGAUCAUGAAAUUUUAAUUACAACGGCGAUAAUCCGAGCAAAAAGAGGAGAGGAGAUCAGAUACGCAUACGCAUUAUCGCCAAGACUGGCAGGUGAACGAUGCUGUUGUUAGUCCACCACCGAUCUUGACACGGUAUAUCGGAUCGUUCGAUUCGCGGAACAGGCUGCUUACUUUGUGGGACGUGGUUUAAGGUAUCCCUGGUGGCAUUCACCGUGGCGUGGAACCAGGUGGCAAGUUGGUUCGGUGGAACCGUGGCAUACAAAUUUCCGUGGUUGAAAUAAGGCGUGUCACGCCGAGAACCGCGACAACAUUUUUGCGGGCCAGCUAUAAGUUGAAAAAAACUGACAAAAGGGAAGAAUAAAGAAGCGGAGUGGGACAAUAAGAACCGGUAGCACGGGAGGGGUACUCGUUGAAAAGGAAUUCCUCUUCGUUAAGUUAGCCGAACAGAGGAGGAGAGGAGUGUUCGUGGCCCCGAUGGAAAGAGAAAAAGAACGCGGGCAACCGUACGGAGAAACGAACGUUUCCUUCAUCUUCGUCUUCAUCCACUGAUUCUUCUUCUUCUUCUUCUGCUUUUUCUUCUUCUUCUUCUUCUUCUUCUGCUUCUUCUUCUUCCUCUUCUUCCUUCUCCUCCUUUUCUUCUUCUUCUUCUUCUUCUUCUCCUUCUCCUCUUCCUCCGUGCACCGCGUGUACGCGAAACGAAACGAAACGAAACGAAACGAAUGAACGAUCGAUCGAUCACGCUCUCCCCGUAGUCCCGUGCGAUCUCUACGGACUUUUAACGCGGCCGAUGAUGAGCCGAUCGAUAAGUCCACAUCACGGAAUUGUUAGCCAGAUCGGGACAAUAAGACGAUAUCCUCGCGUGAGCGAUUCCACGCCAAUAAUACGUCGCGUGAGCUUGAUAUCUGUGAUCGGACAAAAAGCUCGGCUAUAAAACGUUCUCGCGUAGAUGUUCAUACUUGGCUUACCUGGCUUUUUUUAAUUAACGACGGUCCUCUAAUGAUCCGGCAAACUGCGUAGCAAACGUUAAACGUUCACGAGACGUUAGAAGAAUCGACUCAUCCUCUCGAUCUGAUCUUUCUUAAUGUCAUCCGUGAUGCGGAUGAUUGCAUCGCGAUUUAGAAGAAUGAAAAAUCGACGAGGACGACUCAUCAUAGGUGGAAAUCAAGAGUGAAAGUGUGGAUCGAGGAAGUUGAUGGAAGUUCGUCGAAAGAGAGGAGUGGAAUCAACGAGCGAUUUCUACCCGGUAUAGACACAUCAACGCGGUUGUUCGCGCUUAGUCACUGCCUCGAACGGACCAUUCUCGAGUAUUUGGCGAUUGCAAACAUUCUCGCUGGACCAGUUAAUCGGCGCAAACACUUUACACUGUCCAAAUGUUGGCUCCAUAGUUUGCGCCUGUCAGCAGUGUGCCGCUUUGUCUCGACAGCUCUCAGAUGAAACACUGUGAGCGGUAACUUUAACGAGGCUUCUCGUCGAUGGAACGAAGAUUGCUGUUCGAAUUGUUGCCGUUCGGCUAAUAAGAAAUAUUUUACAGAUGAUCGCUGUAUGAAUAUUACGAACGAUUUUUGCAAUUUUUAUUGAUUAUGCGCUUAUAACGUUUUGCAAUUAUUGUUAUUAAUUUGUAUGGAAGAGGGUUGAAAAAGCAAGUAUCUUUAAAAGGAACUAUAUAUCGUGUUACGAAAUACGUAAUUAAUGUGAUAAAAAUCAUUCGUUCGAAUUGAAUUUUUAUAAGAAACAAUCUCGUCGAAAUAUUAAAAAGAAAAAAAAAGGGACCAGAAUUCGUUCGUGGUAGAUCGUGUUUGUAUACGAGCGUGAAAGAGUUUCGUGCGAGAAAUCGUGCAAUGCCGUGCGAAAGGACCGUGAAACGCAUGUUAUGCCACUGAAACGACAAACAUCCGAUCUGCAUCCGGUUGUCUGACUGCGGAAGCGUAAAAUUCCCGUCCCGUGUGCAUCCGUUUUAUGAAUUCAAUAAACAAGGGGAUUGUGAUGUAAGAGAUGCGUUGUGGUGACAUCGCGGCAACCGCGAUAGCCCUUCUCAUUCUUGGGCAGAUCCAGGGACCACGGCAGACAAGGGUGGUCGGAGCAAUGGUGAUCGGGGCUGCCGUCUGCGGCCGUAUUCCCGGCCUGGCGAAGAGUCAGCGAGAGCAGUGCAGAAAAGCGCCGCACGCGAUGCCCGCGGUUGGCGAGGGCGCGGAACUGGGACUUCGCGAGUGCCGGCAUCAGUUCAGACAUCACCGUUGGAACUGUUCCCACGUGGCGAACGAUCAGGUCUUCGGCCACGUGGUCGUAGUAGGAAGCAGGGAAGCAGCUUUCACGUAUGCAAUAAGUUCAGCGGGUGUAACGUACGCCGUAACCGCAGCUUGCAGCAGGGGCAACAUCACCGACUGUGGUUGCGAACCCACCGUAAGGACGAGAAAGGAGUUGCCACCAAAUGGUUGGGAAUGGGGCGGUUGCAGUGCAGAUGUCACAUAUGGGAUGAGGUUCGCGCGUAGGUUUCUGGAUGCGAGGGAAGUCGAGGGUGAUGCGAGAAGCCUGAUGAAUCUUCAUAAUAAUAAAGCUGGUCGAAAGAUAGUUAAAGCUCUUCUGCGAACAGAAUGCAAAUGUCAUGGCGUGUCCGGCUCUUGCACCGUAAGAACCUGCUGGCGAACUUUGCCUAGUUUUCGUCAGAUCGGCGAUGCAUUGAUGAAAAAGUAUUACAGAGCCAGGCCUGUCAUAGCGAUUACCCCACCGCCACCCCCUACGAUGCAGAGUUUAGAAACGCUACACUCGACAUCGGCAGAAAUGGUGCCGAUUUUAGGAAACGAUGCGAAAACCCAAGGGAAACCGAACGAUGUUGGAAAAUCCCGACAUGAUCGACAACCUCCAAAAAAAGCGACGAAACCAAGAAGGCCCCACUUAGUGUUAAAAAGAACUAAAUCGAACGGUGGAUCGAGCGUGGGACAGAAAAGGAUUCCAAAGAGAAACGAGUUAGUUUUUCUACAACCAUCCCCUAAUUACUGCGAGCCGGAUUUGGUGCAAGGAAGCCUGGGAACGCAAGGCAGAUAUUGUAAUCGUACAAGCAAGGGUACUGAUGGAUGUGAUUUGAUGUGCUGUGGACGCGGUUAUAAUACACAUCAAUUUACAAGAACGUGGCAGUGCAGAUGCAAAUUUCAUUGGUGCUGCCGCGUGCAUUGUGAAACGUGUACCGAACGUACAGAAGAAUACACGUGCAAAUAAACAUUCGAAUGUGUUUGCAAUCUUAAUAAUGUAAAUAUGUAUUAGGCAUAACAAGCGACAAAAAAGAUUUCUUUUUAAAUUAAAUUCUCUAAAUAUUAGAGGAAAAUUCUCUAUAAUUAUUAGAGAAUGUACAAUCUCUAUACGAAAAAUAAAUAAAUUGCAUUUCAUCGAAAAUAAUGUAACAUUGAAUGCGAAAUUUUUAUAAAAAUAAAUACAUAUAAUUGUAAUAAUCAACAAAGCGUUCCUUCUUAUGCUUAAAUUAAUCUAUUAAAAAUAUUCAAUAAAAAUCUUUGUAAGUUUUUGUAAAAUUUUUGUUUAUUAUGUAUAUUUAUGAUAUUAAGAAAUAAAAUAACAAAUUGCUGAAUGAUAGAUAAGAGGUAGCUUCGAGAAUAAUUAUUUCGCAAUAAGAAAUAUUAAAUAAACUUAUAGAAAAAAUAUCUAUUAAUAAUUAAUUCUGCUAUAAUAUUUCAAUUUGUAUGUUUCACUCUUAAUUUUAUUUUAAUAAAUAACAAUUUUAUAUUAUUAUUUUAUUAAAUAACAAAUUACAAUUGAAAUUUUGAAAUCAAAUUGAACAUUCAUAUUACAUUAAACACUUAGAUUUAAAUAAUAAAAUUAGGAUAAAUUCAAUUAUU